GAACUUACUAGAGAAUUCACUUCAUCAUGUGUUCAAUUUGCUAUAUUCCAGCCUAUGUUAUAAGAAGGAUUAAAAGAAUAAAUUCUUUGAAGUAGAUACAAUGGAAACACUACAGUUCAGCAAUAUCUUCUAGCUAGAAUUCAAGGAGACAUGGUUGGAAUACUGUCCCAGUUUUUCCAAUUUUUUCUUGAUUUAGAAAUUCAGUCUUUAGUUUAUGAUAUAGAAGUAUAUCUUCUGAAAGAAAAAUAAGGAGUUUUGUUAAUUCACAGGGUUUUUUCCUCUACCUAGGAUGAAUGUAUAUGUAAGGGAGAAUAAUCUUGUCUUACAAAUUAGAGGUGCAGUUCACAAAACAAAAAUGCCCUUUGGAAUGUCUAGGAAAAUGAAAGGCGCUACAAAUUAACACUUUUACUCUGGUUUCAAGUGUUAGUCAGCCACUCACCUUCACUUAUGCUGUCUAAACAGCACCAUUAUAUUUUUAAUCUCAUGAACUGACAUGUAUAGAUGCAUGUAUGUGUCUAUACACAACCACUCACAAAUGUUCCCAUAACCUUGUUUGGUGCUGCUCUUAGAUUGGAGUGGGUCCAUUAGCCAUAGGUAGAGUAAUACCUGUCUAAGCCUUGCCUUUCCUUCUUUUCAAAUGGCAAAGUCUUGCAGAUCUGCUGGAACUGAGCAAAUUGUUGCUCUGUUAGAACUUUCAACUCUUCAUUGAAAUUCUUGCAGCUUCUUAAAAAUUUGGUACAGGUUUCUAAAUAUUAUCAGUGGGUUUUGUCAUCAUGAAUCUCUCUGAGAGCUCAUUCAGAUAAAAUUUCAGUAGUUCUGUUCUCUGUAGGCUUGAGUAAGGCUAUUCAAGCAGUGGUUUCUCCUAAAAUGUUUUUCCUACUAAGUAACAGUAGGCCAAGGAAAUGGAAAUUUCUACAAAUAUGGGUAGAUUGGGGUUUCUUGUUUAAUAGGAAGUUUAAUAUUCUUGCAGAUGACAGAAGAGUGACUGUGGUGGGUCAGACUGAAGGUCAGUGUAGACCAGGAUUGUGUCUCCAGCAGAGGCCAAAGUGGGUGCUUAGAGAGGAAUAUAAGAACAAGACAUGUAGAAUCUUUCCUUUGAGUGCUUUCUGAGUCUCCAAAUCCAUGUUGGCCAAACAUUUUGAACAACAAUUGGACUUUAUUAUAGAUAUUCUCUGCUAUCCCAAAUAACAGAACAUAUUCAGUAAAUGCCAAAGACAUUUUGUCAGGAAAACAAGGUUUUCCUUUAGGAAUUGUUAAGGAAUGUGGUUUUGCUUUUUAAACUAUGAAUAUUCUAAAUUGGAACAAGAAACCCAAGUAGUUUAAGGAGAGCCACCAUUUGCUUGAUGAAUUUCCCAAACCUUCAGCAUGAAGAAGAAGGUAGGUCAAGACAGGUCAUGUUGCAAGACAGAUAAAAUAAGCUGCUUUGUAUUUCAGGAAGUUCAAGAAGUGCUGCAGGAGCUGUAAGAGACAUCUUCUAAUUGAUAGUCUGAGGAAACAGGAUUUUGCUGACCUCUUCAUUUGUACUUAAUUUGUACCUGUUGGGAAAAACCCUGAUUCUGUUUUAGAUGUUUCUCUAGGCUUGUUGUCUCUGUUUACAGCUUAGACAAAUUUGACAGUAGUCUUUGAAGCAUAAGAAAAGUGCUAUAGGACAUGUCUGAACUUCUUGUCCUUGAUGGCAAGAACAUACUGUGUUAGUAUUUCUAAGUGUCAUUAGCUCUCUCAACAGAUCUGCUUGAGAAAUACUUCUGUCUGGAUCUGAUUUAUGAACUUGAAAAGGUACUUGGUUAAGAACUAUACUAUCAGGUUUUUUUUUCUUUCUGUAAGGAAGACAAGAGAAAACUAUUUACGAUUCUCAUUCUAGAUUCAAAUUCACACCUAACUGGUCCUCUCUCUCCUCAAUCUGCUAAAAUCACAGGCUUGAAAGGUGCUUGGUAUAAAUAAGGCUUGUAGCACAAGUUAAAACAGGAGGAAAGAGAUCAGUCUUGUUUAAGUGAUGACUGCAUGUCUGGAGAGGUUUAACAAGACUACAAGCUUGUAGAUCAUCAGGUCUUGGCAGUAGUAGUCAGGGGAUCAGUCUUAACUGUGAGACACUAUCUAGACACAGAUAGCCUCCAGAGCAUGUCCAGAUUUGGCAAUUUUACCAAAGUACUCAUAACGUAAUACAUAUUCAAACCAUUCAAAUAUUUCCUUCUUUCUUCUAUCUGUAAUACUAAACAGCUCCCACCCACUUGACAUUGUAGACCAAGUGAUUCAGAUCUAUUGGCUCUUGGUUGUGGAAAAAUCUGCCUUGAGGUCAAUUGUGGUUCAUACCACAAGCAACCAUCCUUUCUUCACUCUGCCUAACUUCAGCCUGCUUUUUUAAAUGGAUACAGUAUCCUUACUUUCAGCUGCAUUUGGUUAAGGAUCAGUAUAGAAUUGUAUGUGAAGGACCUCUGAAUGCUCUGUGCAUGCAGGAGCCUGUCUGUGAAAACUGGCCCCUAUUGGGCCCAAGUAGAAAGUAAAGGAGGUGGCUGUGACUCAAAAGCCAGAAAUACUUGGAAAUACUGAGAGAAAGCCUAGAGGAGUCCAUUUCUGCCACACUGAUGGUAAUCCUCAUAAACACUUUCCCACCUGGUGGAAAGCAGCAAAUUCUAACACCACAGAAAAUUCUUAAGACAUGUCAGAAUUUUGAGUUCUGCUGUGUCCCUGAAUGUCUUUCCUGAAACUAGAGAUUUUUUUCCCUGUCACCCCCCCCAGCCCCCUCCUGGGAUUGUUUCCUGUACACAACAAUCAGACUUUAGUAAUUGCAACUUUUUCUUUUCUGAUUUACAAGCCUACAUUAGGCCUUUUGGAUUCAUUAUGCAUCAACCAGUGUGUAUCUGGGGACAAAUAAUGUUCCAUCUUGCUUUCUUUUUGCCCUUGAACUGAACAGUUUUGUUUUUUAACAGAAAUGCCUUUUUUCUUUUGAGAGCUCUCAGAAAUAUGUUCCUUUAAGAACCUCCUACAUGGUAUGUAUUUGCCAUUUGUAAACACAAUAUGUCAAAGAAUGAUUUGAUUCAGUGGCGAGGCAGCCAGAUAUUUGCAUGUCAUGAGGUCUAAGGGAAAUAAACUGACCCUCAGCCUUCCCCCAUCCAGGCAAAUUCUGAUGGGACCCUCAAAUAGCUCUGGCAAAGUGUCCUGUUUCUUUUGGACUUGAUAAAUGCUUGUUUCUGUGAAGACGUGUAAUUAUUUCUUCCUUUAUUUUGCUGUGCAAGUUACCAAGAGAAGGAGCUUAAAACUGAAUAUCACGUGGAGGGCGCCAGCAGGAUGGCCAGCAGCCACACAGAUUGUCAUUUCUGCCUGCAGUCUCUGCGCGGCAGGAAAUACGCACUAAGAGAAGAAAAUGCUUACUGUGUUCCGUGCUAUGACAGCCUGUAUGCCAACCCCUGCCAGGAGUGCAAGCAACCCAUUGAGUGCAACUCCAAGGAUCUGGCCUACAAAGGCCGCCACUGGCAUGAGGGGUGCUUCAGGUGUGCCAAGUGCAGUCGCUCACUCGUGGAGAAACCAUUUGCUGCCAAGGACGAGGUCUUGCUGUGCACCGAGUGCUACUCUGAUGAGUACUCAUCCAAGUGUUUUCACUGCCAGAAGACCAUUAUGCCUGGUUCACGUAAAAUGGAAUUUAAGGGAAGUUCCUGGCAUGAAUCCUGUUUUGUUUGCCAGUAUUGUCAGCAACCAUUGGGAACAAAACCAUUAAUCACCAAAGACAAUGAGAAUUACUGUGUGCCCUGUUUUGAGAAGCAAUUUGCUCACCAUUGCUAUGCUUGCAAAAAGGUUAUAACUUCUGGAGGAGUGACUUACCAUGACCAGCCUUGGCAUAGAGAAUGCUUUGUGUGUGCUGUGUGUAAAACUCAGCUGUCUCGACAAAGAUUCGUUUCCAAAGAUGAGUACCCAUACUGUGUAGACUGCUUCAGCAAAUUUCAUGCCAAGAAGUGUGCUGCUUGCAAGAUGCCUAUUACAGCUCUUGGAGGUGCCAAAUACAUCACAUUUGAGGAGCGUCAGUGGCAUGGGGAAUGCUUUAGCUGUACAAAAUGCUCCAUCUCCCUGGUAGGCCAGGAAUUCCUCACUCGGCAGGAUGACAUCCUUUGCCACAAAUGUGGCUCUGCUUCAUAGUUCUGUGGAAAGCUGUACAGCUGCAUUGUUCUCACUCUGUAGCAAUAUAGUUCAUUGGUCUGCUAUAAGAAAACCAGAUUAAAUGUACUACAGUUAUUUAGUCAUUCAAGUAACUUUCCAACAACAGUUUAAGGUCAUCAUAGUUCUCAACUCUUUAUAGACAAAAAUUAAACAACCCCCCAUACUGGUUAAUAAAACAAUGCAGAAAAGAUUUGUAUAUAUUUAAAGACAAACUCCACUAGGUUUUCCUUGUAGCACACUGCACUCUGCUGUUAGAAGCCUAAAAAUUUAUUUUUUAUCACUUCUGAACCAAGGAGGAUUCUGAAAUGUCUGUUUGGCAUGUAAAUAAUGAUGAGGCAUUAGCACUGAUUCACAGAUGCAGAUCUUGGCAUAGAAAGCUGGGCACAAGCAUUUUUCUCUUGGAUGAUAACAUUGAAAUAAGUCAAAGUAAAUAUUAUAUUCUUCAAUACUUUGAGCAAAAAAGAUGCUGACAAAGCAGGCAGAACUUGUGAGUAGGAGAUGCUUACACAUUGAGGAGCACAGAGUCAGAAAGGCCCAUUCCAAGGGCCAAUUCAAUGGAAAAAAUGUCACUUUCCUUCCCUUACUGGUAUUGGUCCCCAAAGAAGUCACCCAAAACACUACAGCACAGGUUCUUUCCUCCCACAAGUGGGUAACUGUACUUAAAUUUUUAGGCAUGGCUGCUCUAGAACAUAAAUAAACCCAUAUUUUCAGCUAAUGCAAGAGGUAAGGAGUGCUCAAGAUUGAAUAGUGCUGACGUACAUUUUCCCAUAAUUAAUAUGUCUUAAGACUCUGUUUCCACUCUCUUUGCUAUACCUUCAAAUACAGGCCUAAAAUAUACUUUCUUUAUUAGUUGAUGCAAGAGCCAACUCAUACUGGUCCCUUUAACCUUGUACUUUCCUUCAUUAAAAACUUCAUUUGCCAGCAAUUAAGCCCUAUUAAGGGCCUUACCUGCUUGGUCUUUGAGUCACAGUUCAUUCCUCUGCCUGCAAAUUCCUGUUUCUGGACAGCAGGCUAUCAACUCUCCAGAACUAAUUCCUGAUUCAUUCCACCAUUAGCCACGUGUGUUUUUUAACAGUAUUUCAAGAAUUAGUAAUUGUCACUGUAAGCCAGGCAGCUCUUGCUUGUACUACAGGGCCUUAGUUUCUAAGUAGCCAGCCUUUACAUCUGCCUGCUGAGCUCCAGAACUCAAAUGUCUACUAUUAAAGGUCAUCUAGAGCUGAGUUACAAACAUCUAUCCUCUUCCUUUUUCCACAGUGUGUGUUGCAGUGGCCUGAUUCCUGUACUGGGCCAUUGUGGAUGGAUCAGUGAUGUUAGGAAUGGCAGGCUCUGCACUGUCCAGCAGAGUUUGAGUCCUCAUCUCGGAUGGCUUUAAGUCAUUUUUCUUCAGACUCUGACCUUGAGUGCAUAGAGUUAUUUGCCUGACUUGAGUGGCCUUUAUUCAUAUUGAAGACAGCCAUUACUUUAGGUAGAAAAAUGGAAAAAUAGGAAGAAUAUGUGUGCAUGGCUAAGCCAGGGCUGAAGUGCAGUGGCAUAAAAAUCAAUAUGGAUAAUGACUGACCAAUGAGUACGUAGCAGUCUGUUGUCAGUCAAUAAAAUAUUGAUCUUUUGCUCUAUGUGGUGUGAGUUUUUGGUUUUCAUUUUCUUCUUUCAUGGCAGCUUCUAUUGCAGUCUAGAGUUUGAUUAGUUUAUGUUUUUCCUUUUAUCCCAGCUGCUUCCUUUUCUAUUUACACAUCUCCCGUGGCUGACACAGGUUCUUGGUAAGGCUUAGAUUCCCAUAAAUAGAAAUAUGUUUCAUUGCCUUAUAUGUAUAAAUAUAUAUACAAACACACAGACAUAGUGGUUCACAGUUAUGUAUGAUGCUCUAAAAAUUUGCACUGAACUAUCAGUAAUUAAUAAAUGUUAAUGGUCUUGAAUUUUUUAAUUAAAAUUAUGAGUCACAACA